GAGUUGUCACGCUUUCGAGGUCAUGUUGGCAUCUCUCGUGAAACAGCGCGCCUCAACGGCACUGAGGACCGCUGCCCGUUUGCCAACAGUCUCGUCGUCCUUCGCAUGCCGUGCACGUCUGCUGUCCUCGUCCUCACAACCCGAAUCUCCAGAUGUUAGGCAAAGCUCUCCGCUAAAGAUGGAUCCGCUACGGUCGACCACUCUGGAGAGGCCUCGCACCCAAGAUCGCAUGUGGAAUUACCUUCUCCCUACAAUAAAACAAGUCGUUGAUCAAGACAAAUCACCGGAGGAUGUCUGGAAGGAGAGAGGAGAGGCCGUUUCGAGAUAUCUCUCUCUACCGAAUACUCCGUAUUCUGGCCGUAGUGUCUCAACCUACACCGGAGUUGCGUUUGCCUUUACCAAGCUGCGGAGAAUAUUGUCGACGAACCAUGUGGUGAAAGAACUUCGGAUGGCAGAGCGGCAUGAGAAAAAGGGCGACAAACGACGACGCCUGCGGAGUGUGCGCUGGCGGCGGCGCUUCGCGCAUGAGGUGCGGAAGAAGGUACAGCUAGUGAACGAGAUUCGUGCCCGUGGUUCAUGAAUUGUUGCCUGCAAUUCAUAUAUUAUCGCUCUCACUCGACGUGCUACCCAACGUGCGAUAUCAUAAUGAUGUGAGCAGGGCAGAAGGCCACUCCA